AUGGCCACCGCCUCCCCCACCGCCGUCCGAUCCAUCUACCGCCGCCUCCUCCGAGAGCUCCCAACGCGGACCCCGCGCCCCGGCUCACACGUCCUCUCCAACCCAUCCCCACUGCAGCGGCACAUCCGCACGACGCUGGGCGCCAGCGCAACUCGCACCCCCUCCGUCGACGAGGCCGAGCAGUUCGUCCAGUACGUCCGCGCCCAGCGCAUGUACGUCACCCUCGUCGAGCGCUACAACCCGGGCAUGAACCUCACCGAGGAAGAGCGCAUCCGGCUGACGGCGCGGCGCGUGGGCAUGGAUUUGCCGGUUGAGGAGGAGAAGUAG